UGCACGGAUGGGCUAGCAAUUGUUAAGAAAUUGUUCUAGGAUUUCCUCAAAACCGGCUCUCAGCUAGCGUAUAUUGUGAAGUGAAAAUCGUUUAUAUGCCGUUAACGUUGAUUACGCGAAGGAUUACCCUUGUAUGCCACAUUGACUGUAAGUUGAGCGGUACACGGCAGGAAGCAAAAAAAGUUCUUCGUUUCCAUCUUAGCGCGCCUCCGUCGACCCUCUGGGCUGGGGUUACGUGUGUGUAGCAGUGUGCAAAGUGUGUGUAUCCCGUAUAAGAUACCGGGAAGGUUGGUUGGCAAGCGGAACAAUAUUGUGCUCCACCAUAGCAACUGUGAUGGGCUGCUAAUCGGUGUAAAGCCAAAUCAUAAUAAAUCGAUUGUUGACAAACUGACCGACCGACAGAUAUCCAGAGAUUUUCUGAUGUUCAAUGCAAGCGUCUGCUGGAAGGAGUAAAAACAACUAAACAACUUUGGUAAAAGUUCUACAGUGGAUUCAGGAAGCUGGAACCCAGCCUUACCGGAGAUUGUUGACUAAAUUUGCUGUAUUCUGAACAAAAAAUAACACUGGAUUUCAUAUAAGAAAGUGAAUCAGCAUACCAACAUCAUGUCUUUUCACCCCAGACCUCCGGGAACCACGAUAGUUUCCGCUGGUAUCCCGUAUAUCGCUCCACCAAUAGUACAGCAACCCAUGAUCCCGGCUAUGAAUCAGCCACCUCCAUCUAAUCGUGGCGGAAGCUUCCGUUCCGGGGCAACGAUUGGCUCUCGUCCACAGAUGUAUAACAACAAACCUCCGCCCCAACCGGAACCUGUGUACGAUGGUCCGAUAGUGACCGUGUUUGUGGGUAACAUUAGUGAAAAAGUGCCAGACCCAAUGAUAAAACAGAUUCUUGCAACUUGCGGAACAGUGGUUAACUGGAAACGUGUAUCUACCUUCGGAUUUUGCGAAUAUGAUCCUGCCGGAGGCGCGAGAGCCGUGCGCUUGGUGCAUGACCUAGAGGUCGGUGGUAAAAAGCUGGUAGCUAAGGUAGAUGCCAAGAAUAAAGCACUACUCGAUUCGUUCCGUGAGGAUGAAAGCAAUGCCGAAACAACGAACGAAGUGUCGGAAAAGCGGGGUGAUGAUGAUGCAAUGGAAGCUAUCGGUCGCAUAUUGGAAGACUUCAAGGAGGAACUGGCUGCGGCUGAGCAGCAGCAAGAAGAAACGCAAGCAAAACAGAAGAAAAUGCUGCAAACGGUAGACAUAGAAGAUGGCAAACGGGACAUAAUUAACAAGGAGAUUGGAAAGUUUCGCAAAUACACCGAGGAAGAAGAGUUAAAAAAGGAAAAGGAAAAAGAACGUAAGAAGCGUGAAGAAAAGCGAGCAGAAGAGAAACAGCGACGCUCAGUGUCGCCUAGGAAAGAUAAGAAAACUUCAAAUUCAUCUAGGCGGCGCAGCAGGUCGCGAUCGCGUGAUCGUGAACGGGAUCGCGAACGUGAGCGGGAACGUGAGCAGCGCGAACGCGACAAAGAACGUGAGCGUGAGCGGGAGCGAGAGCAGCGUGAACGUGAACGCGAACGUGAGCGGGAUUUGGAACGGCAGCGCGAACGUGAAAGAGAACGUGAGCGGGAGCGGGAAAGGGAACGUGAACGGGAUCGCGAGCGGGAGGAUAUGAAGGUAAACCGUAAUCCUCGCGACAUCCAGAAAGAGAAGGAAAUGGAGGAGGAGGCCCGCGAACGCAAGAAAGCCGAGAAGAAAGCCCGCGAUAAGGAGGCGGCAUACCAGGAACGAUUGCGGAACUGGGAAGCUCGUGAAAGGAGAAAAGCCAAGGAUUACGAAAAGGACCGGGAGAAGGAUCGAUGUAAAGAGGAGGAACGUGAGAAAGAAGCGAAGCGACUGAAAGAGUUUCUCGAGGACUAUGACGAUGAUCGUGAUGAUCCAAAAUACUACAAGGGGCGAGAACUCCAACGAAGACUUGCUGAACGAGUUCGCGAAGCUGAUGCUGAUUCCAAGGAUCGCAACAAGGAGCAGGAAGAGUUGGACGAAUUGAAGAACAAGAUAUUCAGUGGAGAGUACGAUAACCCGACGCUCGAGUUCGAGAAAGCCAAAAAAGAACGCGAAGAUCUGUACAAACCGAAAAUACUGAUCGACGUGAAUCUGGAGCAGUCGCAACAACGUGAACGUGAGCUCCAGCGGGAACGGGUUCGCGAAAUAGAACGCCAGCGUGCUAAGGAGCGGGAGCGCAUGAAUAAGGAACGCUACGUAUUAGCGCAAGCUUCGAGGGAACUUGCUUCCGUUGAUGCGGAACCAAUCGAGUCCGACUCAAGUGGGCAGGACAAUUUCAAUUCACCAGCCGGAAGUGCACUGCAAGCAGCGAACAGUAGUGCGUCCAAUGGGCCUGGUUCAGGUUCGGCCAGUAUAAUGGAUGGAAUGGGUAAUAGUAAUCAUCACCAUCACCACCAUCAUCACCCCCAUCACCAUCAUCAGCAUCACCACACUCACCACAAUGCGGUGGAACAACGUGUAGCCUCUGCUGGACAGCAUCCUCCACAUGCAGGUUCCGAAACACGUGAUUCUUUUGGUUUGAUGGGGCAUGGUAGCGGAGCAGUGAAUGCAUCCGGUGGAGUCGGCGGAAUGCUGGACGAUGAUAGCUCUCGGCACUCGAUACGGUCAAACUCGCAGCAUGGAAUUCCCGAGAGUCCAGAUGCAAACAGUAACAGCGAGAUGAACUCUAUAUCGGACAAAUCGUCCCAUCAUCACCAUCAACAGCUGCUGCCCCAACAAUCAGCUGUGGGUCCCACAAUUAGUUUGAAUUUGAACGUGAACGCGAAAAAGAAAAGGCUCGAGAUGAAGGACGUGUUCAACAGUCUUGAUGACGAUACGGAAGAAUCGAACGGUCCUAAAAAACGAAAGCUAGUUCCAUUAGAGUAUGAGGAUGGACGAGGUCAGAUGGACACACCCAUUGGAACAGCAAAUAGCACGCCCGCAGGUUCCGCACCUAAAUCAUCAAAAGGGAAAAAGGAUGAUCCUUCGAAUCGGGAAACACAAAAGUCGCAGGAAGAGAAACGCAAAAAUAUUAAGAGUAUUAUCGAUAAAAUACCAACGGAGAAGAGCUCGCUCUUUAACUAUCCGCUCGACUGGAACGAGAUCGAUAGUACGAUCGAGAAGAAAAUUCGACCGUGGAUAAACAAAAAGAUCAUUGAGUACAUAGGGGAACCGGAGCCAACACUGGUGGAUUUCAUCUGUUCAAAGGUGCUCGCCGGUAGCACUCCCCAGGGCAUUCUGGAUGAUGUGCAAAUGGUUCUCGAUGAGGAAGCUGAGGUUUUCGUGGUGAAAAUGUGGCGGUUACUGAUCUAUGAAGUGGAAGCAAAAAAAGUAGGACUGGCGAAGUAGGUACGAACACGAACACAUAUGCCAGCCAUGACGAUGCGAAGCAAAAUGAGAAAGGAUUUUCACAAUAUGGAAUAAUACGGAAGGAUGCAAAACAAUGUGGCCGUACAAAAAGGAGCUCAUUCAUAUGUUCCCUACCUAAGACCGGUGAGUCAGUCGACAGCGGUCUGUGAAAUGAAUGCUGGUGGACUUGAUUAAGCUAUACCGUUAACGCUAGGAAAUUGUUCUACAAAGGAAGAAGGAAUGUCUUGAGUACGAACUCAUCCAUCUAAUAAACCUUUUUCCAGAUUUAUCCCACUGCAUCCUUUUUGUGGUAUAAUGACAUGAUGUACAAUCCAAGAAUCUGUUGACAUAUUUAAGUACAUCUCCGUAAAGAGUCUCCAGCGUAAAAGGAGUUUCAGUUAAAAAUGACAUCAUUCAAUAUUUCAAACCCCACUAAGCAAAAAAAGCCGGAGUUGUAAUAAGUUGGAGGCGCUACAUUAUUUGUGGCCCAAGUAAGGUGUUCUACGUUCAUUGAACUGUUUUUGGUAGAACAACCGUUAGUGAGAUUGUAUUGCCAUUAGGUCUUGUUUAAUAUUAUACUUUUUCUUAAUUUCUUUGUUAGACGUACUCUAGACACGAGACAGUGACACAGGAUUGUUGAAAGGGCGAAUUAGAGAUAAAACGUUUGGUUUGGUCUGCGUAUAUAAUUUAGUAUGAACCCAUUGCAUCGAUCCGGUAACAGGGGUUUAAGUGGGAAGAAUAGCAAUAGUAGUAGCGGAAAGGGUUUGAUCUAUUUUGUAAUGUUCGUUUUUCGAAAACGAGUGUAUGUAAAAACUAAAAACUUGUGAGUAAAUAAUAGUACGGAAAAAGCUCCCAGCGUCUUCAGAACGACAUUAUUAAAACGUUAACCAUUCACGACUUGUCCACUAUAGAGAUGCGAAAACAAUAGGGAGCACUAUGCCACGUACAGCGAAUGUGUAAGAAAAACCAACAUUUACCAAACAUAGUGCAACAAAGCCAUAUAAAUACACACUCAGCCGAAGGCAUCUAUCAAUAUGUCUGCAAAAUAUGGUCCUUCAAUUCCUUUGCGUU